AUGUCGGGUAAGAUAGUCAUCAUCGGAGCUGGAUUUGCUGGAGUCUGGAGCGCACUGUCAGCCAGGCGUCUCCUUAACCUUGCCAACAAGGGCGAUGCUGUCGAGAUCCUGGUCAUUGCGCCCGAGCCAGUCCUAGUUAUGCGUCCACGGCUCUACGAAGCGAAUACAUCUAGUUUGACUUUCCCUCUAUCGUCGCUUUUUGCAGAGGCCGGCAUCAGCUCCCUUUCUGGGACCGUCAACACCAUCCACACCGAUACGCGCACCGUUGAAGUGCGAAAUGCUGUGGGUGUCGAGUCAACCAUCGAGUACGGCCGCCUCGUUCUUGCAGCUGGGAGUUCUGUCGCAAGACCCCAGAGCAUCCCCGGACUCCGACAACAUGCCUUUGAUAUCGAUUCGCUGGACGCGGCUUCCAAACUAGAGUCCCAUCUUGACAGCCUCGCUUCACUCCCCCCAACCAAGGGUCGAGACACCGUGGUGGUUUGCGGUGCUGGCUUCACGGGCAUCGAACUCGCAACCGAACUGCCCAAGCGACUUGGCCACAUCGAGAGACCUCGCGUCGUCUUGGUGGGAGACAAAGAUCAAGUUGCACCAGAUUUUGGUUCCACUACCCGGGCGACAAUAUCCGAAGCCUUGGAGGAUCUCGGGGUGGAAGUCAAGAUUGGGACCGGCAUCCAGGCCGUUGAUGCGGACAGCGUCACUCUUACAUCUGGCGAGCGCAUCGAGACACGCACAGCGAUCUGGACUGCUGGAGUCAGGGCUACAACGCUCACACAACAGAUCCUGGCACCCAAGGAUGCCUUGGCCCGCCUUCAUGUUGAUCAAUAUCUCCGCGUUCCCGCUGUCCACGGCGUUUUUGCAACCGGCGAUACUGCCUGUGCGCUCGCUGAUGGGAACAGUCAAUAUGCGUUGAUGUCUUGCCAGCAUGCCAUUCCUCUCGGCCGCGUCUCUGGCCACAAUGCGGCAGCCGACCUUCUUGGUGAACCCCUCGUGGAGUAUAAUCAGGCUGCGUACAAUUGCUGCCUUGACCUUGGUGCUUGGGGAGCACUGGUGGCUGGUGGCUGGCAAAGGGGAAGUAUUAUAGCCUCUGGAGAUACAGCAAAGCGUGUGAAAUGUUAUAUCAACCAAACGCUAAUAUACCCUCCUGAGGAUGUUCAGGACGCCCUCGGCCUCGCUGACCCUGUUGGUGCUGAUUCUGACCAGCUGUUUGAACAGCUGUUUCGCGCUGUUCAAUAG